UCUAUUAGCCCAAUCACUUGAUAGUUUAGGCGGAUUUGCUUAGCCAAAUUUAUGAUUACAGAAGCUAAUUGUGUUAGUGCAAUACAAGCCACUAAGAAAAUAUUCGAUUAGACAUCAAAGAGACCGCGGAAUGUACAAAUUUGUAUUCAUAAUCUUCCUACAGCAUUGUCCCCAGUGUUGUGAGAAAAUUAAUUUCAUUGGCUGAAAGUGGAUGCAGCAUAUUAAACAUUAAUGAAUGCAAAUUGUAACUCAAAGUGUGAAUCUGGACCGAGUAGCUAUGUGCACUCUGCAGUAAUGUCCCCUACGACGAACUCUCUGAACAACUCAACGACCGCAGAACAGCAACUCUCAUCCAAUUCUACCAGUGAACAGAGCCAAGACAUGUACAACGGUAACAGUGACUCUCCCAGUGGAAGUGACUCUAGCAGCAGCAGUGGAUCGGGCAGUGACCGAGAGAGCACCCCAGUGGUGCAGGACUGCAUUGAGCAGACUAGAGGAGCUGAGAGCUUGCAAAUGCAAGGCCAUGGAAUGAACUCCUCUGCUGGCAUUGAGGCUAUCCAGGCGUCCUCUCAAGACCCUCUGCUCUCCACUGCACUCCUUACACCUCCUCUCACAUCAGCAGGUUCUCCCGGGUCUAGCCUACAAUCCGAGAGUGCCCAUGUUCCAACUGGAUCCCCGCACAUGUAUGCACAGUCGCAGAGCAUAGUCGUUCAAAGACACUUAGAAGGAUUAGAACAUGGUGAUGAUUCUUAUAAGAUGAAGAAAAAGAGGCGCUAUCGAACAACGUUCACUAGCCACCAGCUGAGGGAACUGGAGAAGGUAUUUGAGAAGACCCACUAUCCUGAUGUCUUCACUAGGGAAGACCUGGCUCAAAGAGUGGAUCUCACUGAGGCUAGAGUGCAGGUUUGGUUCCAGAAUCGACGUGCUAAAUGGCGUAAACAAGAAAAGCUCCAGUCCCAUGCCCAGACAGCCACCUCUCCUGUACAACAGUCACCAGAAAUCACUCUGCAGACGUACAGUGUACCCGUCUCCACCGUUCAGACCGUGCAAGUAGCCUCAGGCAAAUCGGCCCUACCACAACAGCCGGACACCGCUAGACAGCCGAGUACAGAUACUAGAGCGAUUUCUCUGGCAAACAUAGGCAGUGCUGGAGGGAGUAUUCAACUGAUAGCCGCAGCAGGAGGUGCCCAAUCCUGGCCCACAACUGUACUACCAAUCACCUACAUUCCAAGUAGUCUGUCGUCAGCAGGAUCAAUUAUCUCACCCCAAAUUCUCACCUCAGCCGCUCGAUUACCCAUUCUGACGGGCAACAAUCAGCUGGUGGGCAUGUCUUCGGGGGGAAUGCCCCAAUUCAUAGCCAUUAAUCAAUUCGGCAGAAGUGGAACGGCAGGAGGCACACAAAAUUUUCCGAUGUUUAUUCAGAUUCCAAGUACGGCCCAGGUCUCACCGACGAGCAAAGAGGCCAGCACAACAUGAUCUCUUGCUAAGCAGGUAUUCAUUUCUUUAGUCGACAGUUUGUGAAAAUUAUGGACAAUGACAACACUACAUUCAUCCAUGCAGUCAGACUUGGAUAUUUAUACCACCAUUUCAUUUAGCCAUGUUACAUUGUUUGUACUGCAUGUAGACACCUGCAUGGUUAAUUCUUCCUGUUUCAAAUGUUUUAUACUGACUACUGAAAUUGUUAAAAAAAUAUUGUUGAUCA